AUGCCGCGGCCCCGUGUGUGCACUGUACACACCGUACAAAGGACGACAUCCCACGGGGCAAUGGAACCGCUCGCUCGGCAAAUAGAAACCCCGCGACUUAUCGACGUCGCUCCGACGUUUAGUGGCGGGCGGCGUACGCGGCGGCUUUGGGAUACGCGUGCUACGCCGCCGGGCGACGCGUGGCGCGCUAACGGUGUCCAUGAGCACGGGAACGUCGUGGAUUUCCCGUUCUCGGCAAUG